UCAAGUUUUGCCCAACUAGAAAUGGGAUUAUAAAUUGGGCCAUGGUCCACAAUAAGAAAGCGUAAUGGGCUUCUAACCUAUAAUUCUUUUAUACAAACAAAUAAUGGUCGAAGUUAGAAGAGUUGUUCCUGAUUUGAUUCGUAGUUCUGGAUUUGAAUGGCAGAGGCAGGAACAAAGAAGAGAAAAAUGGGGGAGAGAAGAGCAGCCGAUGACAAGAAAACAACGACAAAGGCAAAAUGGCCUGCUGUUAAACCCAAAUUGAACCUUCAGAUUACCCGCCUUAAAGACAACGAUCUCUUCACCAAUUUCUUCACAUCUGCAGAAUCGAGGGCAUUUAUUAAAGCUGCAGAGUCAGCUGGUUUUGAACACCAAGGAAGUCUUGGUCCAACAAAAGGCGAAGCCUACCGAGACAAUGACCGAAUAUCUGUUAAUGAUCCAGCUCUUGCAGAUACUAUAUGGCAGUCUGGUCUCGGUAAAUUGUUCUCUGAUUUUAAAAUUAGGGGGAAGGUUGCAAUUGGCUUGAAUCCAAAUAUUCGGUUUUACAGGUAUAAGGUUGGUCAGCGCUUUGGACGGCAUAUUGACGAAAGUGUUGAUCUUGGAGAGGGAAACCGCACCCACUAUACUUUGUUAAUAUAUUUAAGUGGUGCUCCCAAAACCAAUGGUAAAAGUGAUUCAAGCAACCUGAAGGAUUCUGCAUCAGAGCCUCUAGUUGGAGGGGAGACUGUCUUCUAUGGUUCAAGAUAUAAUGUUGUAGCAGAGGUAGUUCCUGCUGAAGGAAUGGCUCUCCUACACAUUCACGGUGACAAAUGUAUGCUACAUGAAGCUCGAAAUGUCUCCAGGGGUAUCAAGUAUGUUUUCCGAUCAGAUGUGGUUUUUGCUUGAGGGGGAGCACUAGUUUUUGAAUUGAGAAGAGCUUUGUUGGCAUCUGAUAACAAUCAUUGCUGCCUUGGAGAAAUAAGAAACUGUUUUGAUUAGUGAGUCCUGUUCUCUCUGACUUUUAAUUUUAACUUGGACUUUGCAAGAUGGCGAUUGUUCUUGUCUCCGACGAAUUAUAUAAAUCGAUAUGCAUCCAUAAAGUCAGACAUUAAUUAAUGGAGGAACCAAGUCUGAAACAUUCAUUUAGAGGAUACUUGUACGAGAAAGACCAGAAAACAAAUAUCAUCACUUUGGAAAUGAGGCAUUACUUCUUGUAGCACUCUUAUUUGAACACCACCAUUAGCCAACUUAUUAGUUCUCAUUCGAAUGACCUACAAUUGAUGAGCCUUCAUGAUUGGCAACAUUAGCAGUCCUGCCUAUUUUACCUGUAGGAAUAAUGAGUCAUUUGUAAAUAGAAGUAGAAUAAAGUCGGGAGAAUUUCCCUAUGAUAUGGCUUC